AUGCUGACGUCGCUCACCAUCGCGUGCGAGGACGAUGACCUUAGCUUCCUCCUGGACAUGCUACCGCGCUUCUCGGUUCUCCGAGAGCUCAAGCUUCUCGAAGGCUUUUUUGACGAGGUUGCGCGGCCGCUAGCGGCCAUGGCGCGUCCGUUGGCACUGGCGUCGCUGACGCUCCACGACGUUUGGAUCUCAGCCAGCGCGUUCCUCGCGCUGGACGCGCUUCUUGCCAACGCGCCUCGCCUCGAGACGCUGUCGUUUGGGAGCAGCUACGGUCGGAACGAUGCUCUCGAUGCUUCGGGCAAAUCUGUCAAAUGGAUGUUGCCGGGCUGGAUCCGCAACGGCGUGCGUGAGAUCCAUCUCGUCGACUGCGAGUUCCCCAAGGGCUUCGGAUCGCAGCUGGCCCGCGCCCUCGGCGGCAUGACGAGCCCAUGGGGCGUCAAGAUCGCCUUGGUCGGCAGCACGCUCAGCGACGACGACUACGCGGCGCUUCUCGACAUGGCGAUCGAGGCGGCCAAGCGCAACCUUGCUCUCGACGACGUCGAUUUCAAUCUGGCGUACGAUUUUGACGAGAUCCAGCCGUUCGAGAGCGAAGUUGACCUAGAUAGUAACUACGAUCCGCUGCCCAAAGGCUGCUGUAACGCCGUCCGCGUCAUGCGUCGUCCGUAG